AUGGGAAUUUUUCUGCUGCCUCAGACCAUUACUCAGAAACUAAAUAUACUCUUGAAGAAGUUCUGGUGGAGUUACAAUGAAGAUCAUUCCAAGAUUCCAUGGGUGAGAUGGGACCAGGUUAGUCUAUCAAAGGAUAAAGGAGGGUUGGGUUUUGGAGACUUUAGAAGCUUCAAUGUUGCUAUGCUGGCGCAAGGUCGGAGGAUGCUUCAAGAUCAAUCUUCUCUUCUGGCCCAAGUGUUUAAGCAAAAAUAUUAUAAGAAUGGUAACCUAUUGGAGGCAAAGUUGGGUUUUAACCCAUCCUAUGUAUGGAGAAGUUUGUAUUUUGGUUUGAGGUUGCUUAAGAAGGGUCAGUUCUGGACAAUUGGAGAUGGAAAGAAGUUGAAGAUCUGGACUGACAAGUGGAUACCAAGGGAUUAUGCUCCUAAGCUGUUAUCUCCAAAUGUGUCAAAUGAUAGUUAUGUUUGUGUUUCGAAUUUAAUUGAUCCUUAUAUGAUGAACUGGAAUGUCUAG